AUGUCCAAUCUAAAGAGGAAAAAUAAAAAAAAACGUUUGUGUUUGCGGACCUCAAUUGUCACUAUUCGCUGGCUAGCACUUCAAGGGUGUGCCUUUAGAGGUAAUGAUGAAUCUCUAUCUUCAUCUAAUCGUGGGAAUUUUCUUGAAUUAGUAAAGGCUUUUGCAAAACUGAGUACAGAAAUUGAUGAAGUUGCACUUGAGAAUGCUCCAAAAAAUGCUCAAUAUAUCGCUCUAGAAAUUCAGAAAGAGAUUUUACAUAUUAUGGCUAAUAGAGUACGAAAGAUGGUUCGUGAAGAAGUUAGUGAUAAAUAUUUCUGUAUUCUUGUUGAUGAAGCACAAGAUAUAUUUAAACGAGAGCAAAUGACCAUUAUCUUGAGGUUUGUGAAUAAUCAUGGGAUUUUGACAGAAAGAUUUUUUACCAUCAAAAGUGUUAGCGAUACUAACUCAUUGAACCUAAAAAAAGAAAUAUCAAAUGUUCUUGUUCAUCAUGACCUACAAGUUAAGAAAAUCAGAGGCCAAGGAUAUGAUGGUGCUAGCAAUAUGCGUGGGGCAUGGAAUAGACUUCAGGCAUUAUUUCUCAAUGAUUAUCCCUAUGGAUACUAUGUUCAUUGCUUUGCCCAUCGAUUACAACUCACAUUAGUUUCUGCAGCCAAGAAUGUCAGUGUUAUUUGGGAAUUCUUUUCUCAUUUGGAUAAUAUAGUAAAUAUUGUUAGUUCUUCUACUAAACGCAUUGCUGAGUUACAUACUGCACAGAGAAUUGAAAUCGAGCAUAUGUUGGCAAUUGGAGAACAUGAUUCUGGAAGUGAGGCUAAUCAGAUUGAUAAACCCCUUCUUAUCACCACAUCACUCACCUUUGAGAGCGAGAAUAUACAGGGUGCAGCUGCAACUGUCGCUAAAUUCGCUUCUCAUCCCUUCCAGCAAUGCGCUCAUGCCAUCUCCACCGUCGAUUGCCAAUCCUCAGGACCUUCUGGUGGUGUUCUUGUCUUCGUUAGCGGAUCCCUCUAG